CUCUCUCUAUGAUCUGUUUAUAUGGAUCUUGGAUGGGUCUAAGAGUCCUAUCUCACCACCACCAUCACCAAUGGAAGGCAAUCAAGCAUUACAAAACAAUUCUAUCGUUGUGAUCUCACCUCAAUAUUGCGCACCAUAUCAAGUAGAUCUUUAUAUUGCCAAGAAAGUUAAAAAAGUAACGGAAGAUAGGUAUUUAGGAGCUUUUGAUAUCAAUGGAAAUAACAUCUUCAAAGUUAAAACCAGCGGUUUUUUCAGCAGUAGACUUAUCCUUAUCGAUGCUAACGGAGUUCCGGUCGUAUCUAUAAAACCAGUGACAUUUUCUUUCCUUGAAAGGUGGAAAGUAUAUAGAGGAGAUAGCAAAGACUCAAAAGACCUGUUGUUUAGCGUGAAGGAAUCUAAGUUUUUUCAACUCAAGACCAGUUUGGAUGUGUUCUUAGCAUCAAACACAGCUGAGGAUGUCUGUGAUUUUAAGAUUAAACAAAGAGAUAGCAAGAAAUCUUGCAUCAUAUACCGUGGGAAUUCAGAUAACAUCAUUGCUGAGAUGCACAAAAACAAGGCUAUUCGAGAUAAAGUUCGCGGGAAGGACACAUACUCACUCACUGUCUAUCCGAAUGUUGAUUAUGCUUUUGUUGUGGCGAUGCGUGCGGUUCUAGAUGAAAUUAAUACGCCUCGUAACAGAAGUGGUGGUGGUGGCGGUGGCGGCGGCGGGGUUAGUGGUGGAGGUGGAUGUGGUGGUGGCGGCGGAGGUGGGGAUUGAUGCUAACUCAAUUAUGAUGCUUAUUUAUUUUUGUUCGUCCUUAAAAAAGAAAAUUGGUGUUGAUAAGUUCCAUAUCAUCUAAAUAAAUCAAUAAUGUGAUGUACCUGUAAAUUAAUAUUUUCUUUUUUUUCCGAAAAAUAUAAGAUGGAAUUAGAAAAAAAAAUUCCAAGACAGCACCCUCGAAAUAUACAUGAAAGUAAAGAGAAUUUAUAACUGACUAUUCUCUAAACAAGAUUUUCCAAUCAAAAACGAAAUCAUCUAACUUCAUGUUUUUAAAUGAAUCAACAUUAAAGGUAAUAUACUAGUUAGCAAUACCUUUUAAGGUUAGCAACUACUAUCCAUGGUUGGCAUUGUACAUAUUUCUACAAAGUUG